AUGAACUCCAUCAUGUGGAGGUUCCUGCUCGCCAUUUUGUGUGUGAUUGACUUUGCAAGCAACAUUACCGUACAGCCGAACUUUGAGGUGGAAAAGUAUUCUGGGAAGUGGUACACCGUCGCAGUUGUGAUGAAUCUGGGCGGUUUAACGAAUCCGAACAGCCAUCCUCAGACGGUGGAGAUUCUGGAAGACGGUGAUCUUGUGGUCCACAUUGAAAUGCCCGAGGAAGACUGCAAGAGACUCCAUUUUGAUUUAUGUAUGAGCGGGAAACCUGGCAGAUUCAGACGAAUUUCAGGUAAACAAGACAAUCCCGUCACCGUUAUCGAGACCGAUUACGCCAGCUUUGCGAUCAUCGGAGUUCAGACGGGCAGUAUCAGGGCUCUCCACCUCUACAGCAGGACUUCAGAGGCAUCGGACGCCGUGAAGGAAAAAUACCUCUUUGUUGCCAAGUGCAUCAACUUCCCCGUCAACAAGCUGAUCUACCUAACCGUGCAAACAGACAUGUGUGAACCCCCUUCGGCUUUCCCUGACUUUGGGGACACCUGUAAGGCUGAGGAAGCAGAAUAA